GCCUGUUCAGAAACUAGCAACAGCCUUAUCCUCUUUCCUUUAACAUAAUUUGCUUUGGAAGUGAUGCAGCUCCUUCUGCAGAGUAGAUAUCUGCACUGAAACACUCCCUUGCAGUCUGCACUAGGGAGAAAUGGAGCUGCACAUUCCACAGAAAUCAAUGUUGCAGCAAGGUUAUAGCAUAUAGAAAUUAAAGUACUUAAUCAGGCAAAGUGGAGAGGCUCAAAAGCUGCUUCUAGCUACUGAAUUCAUGCCUCUGUCUUUCCUUCUAGAAAGAUGUGGAUACUUUGCCCCGUCUCCAACGUCUCUUCCUCAGCUUCAACAAUAUAUCUAGUUUUGAGGAUAUUCUGUGCCUUGCUGAUUCCUCAUCUUUGUCAGAUAUCACCCUUGAUGGCAAUCCAAUAGCUCAGGAGACAUGGUACAAACACACUGUUCUCCAUCAUAUGAUGCAGCUCCGACAGCUAGAUAUGAAGAGAAUCACAGAAGAAGAAAGACGUAUGGCAUCUGUUGCAGCAAGGAAAGAAGAAGAAAGGAAGCGUGAAAGCCACAGACAGACCUUGCUUAAGGAAAAGAAACGGUUAACAAUUUGUAAUAUUGCUCAUCAGUGGGAGAUACAGCAGAAUCGAAUAGCUCUUGUGGCUUCUUUAAACCAAGAUAAAGAUAACGAGCCCUGUCAGAUCAAUGGCAGUGCUGCAUAUGUAUUUCCUGAAGAAAGCAGGUCUCUUGAUACCAUAUUGAGCAGUGCAGUACAAGGCUUGUCUGUUCUUGAGUCUCAUUUAGUAGAAGUGGAAGGUGACAAUCUUUGCUUGUAUGGUGCUGGAGCGCUGGAGUGCCUGGAUCGAAACUGGAGUGUUCAGACAGCUGGAAUGAUUGUCACAGUCUCCUUUAUGUACAUAGAAUUUGAUGAAAUUGUUCAAGUGUUAACAAAACUGAAGAUAAAAUUUCCUAAUUCUGUGCACCUGAAGUUUAAGGAGACAAAUCUUGUGACCCUGCAGCAAUUCAAUGCUUUAGCCCAGAUGCAUCGCAUUGAACAGUUGACAGUUGAUCCUCAGGGAAAUCCAGUUGUCAACUUUACUUUGUGGAAAUACUAUGUUCUAUUUAGACUGAACCAUUUUAAUCUACAGAAGAUAAAUGGAGUGAAGGUUACUGAAAAUGAUGUUGUAAUGGCAGAAAGGCUCUUUGGCAUUCUGGCAUAUGUAGCAUCUUCUGAGCUGCCACGUUAUCGCAUGCUUUCAUUAUUUGGAGAAUCUAGGAGGAAGCAGUUCCACUAUCUGCUGGAGGGAAAGGGAAAGAAAUCUGGGACUGGGGGUGAGGAAAGCAGUGAUAACAGCAGAAACGGAGGGGAAAGCACAACUCGAGCAACACUGAAUUACACGACAAAGGACUUUCAUAUGGAAAAGCUUGAGGAAAUCAAGGAAAGAAAAACAUUUUGCCAGACAUACGUCGAGAACUUAGUGAAAGAAGCAGCUGACAUCAAUAUGAAAAAUGAGUUGUUGCAGAAACUCUGGCCUCAAAUGUUCAUUGAGCUUGUCAGAGAUGCAGUGAUAGAAAUACGCAAUAAAAACUCCUACAUGAAACUCUGCUUACAGCGUAUCACUGAUCAAAAACAGUAGAGUCAAGACUUGUUGUCUUGCAAGCUUUUGGUUUCAGUAUUCUAUGAUGUUUUACAAACUUAAAACAAUAGAAUAUAAAACCAGUAGAAUAUAAAAUUACCAUCACUAUGGCAUACUUCACACCCUCUCUCCUGGAAAGGGUUGCCUUUAAAUCUUAAUUAACUCUUGAUAGUUUUGAAAUAAAAGUUACCUUGCAUACUACUUUAACAAUGCUUCCUUGGCUAAAAUGAUGAGAUAGCAUAGAAGUAAGUUGCUGGUUGUCAUAUU